UCUCCCCUUAUUAGUACUCCUCGUCUUCAUCCCUCACGACCUCUCGUCUUCCGCGCCCCUUGAUCAAAAAUCAAACACGGGAAAGCCAAAAAAACUACAGGCAGCAAAGCCAUUGUUGAUCGACCCAUGGAGCACGCUCGCCUCGUCACACCCACAGCGCUCGCGGCCGUGCCCUUCUUCUUCCUCUUCCUCCUCCUCUGCCUGCACGCCGAUGCGGCCACGACGCUCUUACAAGGCCAAUCGCUGGGCCGCAACGACAAGCUCGUGUCGCCCAACGGCGCGUUCCUCCUCGCCUUCUUCGUCCCGCGCGGCGGCGGCGACGGGUCGCGCGCGUACCUCGGCGUCCUCUACGCCCGCGCCGCGGAGGAGACCGUGCCGUGGGUCGCCAACCGCGACGCGCCGGUCAGCGCCUCCUCCGCCUUAUACUCCGCCACGGUCACUUCCUCCGGCCAGCUCCAGAUCCUCGAGGGCGACCGCGUCGUGUGGCAGACCAGCAACACGCCGCCUUCGUCUUCCUCGGGGAACAACAACAACUUCACUCUCACGAUCCAAGACACGGGAAACCUCGUGCUCGGCAAUGGGGGACAGAAUACGGCGCCGCUGUGGCAGAGCUUCGACCACCCGACGGACACCUUCCUUCCGGGGAUGAGCAUCACGCUGGACCGGCGCGACGGGGCCGUGGCGAGCAACACGCUAUUCACCUCCUGGGCCAGCCCCGGCGACCCGGCCCCGGGCAACUUCACGCUGGGCCAGGACCCGCUCGGCUCGGCCCAGCUCUACAUCUGGCGCCACACCCCCGGCAAUACCCCGAACAACAGCGGCAUCAAGUACUGGAGAUCGGGGCAGUGGGCCAACACCAAGUUCGUGGGCAUCCCCUGGCGGUCCCUCUACGUCUACGGGUUCAGGCUCGCCGGCGACGCGUCGCGGGGCAGCGGCACCCGCGGCGGCGUCAUGUCCUACACCUUCAGCGCCUACAACGAGUCCCAGUUCAGGUUCGUGCUGAAGCCCAACGGCACGGAGACCUGCUACAUGCUCCUGGAAUCCACGGGCGCCUGGGAGGUGGUCUGGUCGCAGCCCACCAUCCCUUGCCACGCCUACAACACGUGCGGCCCCAACGCCGGCUGCGCCGCCGCCGACGACCAUGGCCGCGCCGCCGCCUGCAAGUGCCUCCAGGGGUUCGAGCCGAGGUCGGAGGAAGAGUAUUACGGGAGAGGGAACUGGACGCGGGGUUGCGUGAGGAGCAAGCCGCUGACGUGCAGCGAGAGGAACGUGGAGGUGAGCGGUGGCGACGCCUUCGCGGCGCUCCCCGGCGUCAAGCUUCCCGACUUCGCCGUGUGGGAGUCGACGGUCGGCGGCGCCGACGCGUGCAAGGGGUGGUGCCUGGCUAACUGCACGUGUGGUGCGUACAGCUACAGCGACGGCACCGGGUGCUUGACGUGGUCCGGCCGGGAUUUGGUGGAUGUCUACAAGUUCCCCAACGGAGAAGGGUAUGACCUGCACAUCAAGGUCCCUGCUUCUCUAUUAGAAACAGGCGCGAAACGGAGGCGAUGGACAGCGGUUAUUGUCAGCGUAGUCACCGCCCUGGCGGUUGUACUGGCCGCUUGCGGCAUUCUCCUGUGGAAAUGCAGAAGAAGAAUCGGAGAGAAAUUGGGCGUUGGCGGCAGGGAAGAGAAGAAGCCGAGACCCUCGAUGCUGCAUCCCCGGAGGGAAGCGAAAAACGAUUUCUCGGGGCCCAAACAGCAGCCCGAUCUCGAGGAAGCGGAGAACGGCGACAGCUGCGAGCUGCCGCUUUUCCCCCUUGAGACCUUGGCGGAGGCCACCGGCGGCUUCAGCGACUCCAACAAGCUCGGCGAGGGAGGGUUCGGCCAUGUGUACAAGGGGAGUCUUCCCGGCGGCGAAGAGGUGGCGGUGAAGAGGCUGUCGAAGAGCUCGGGGCAGGGGUGCGAGGAGUUCAAGAACGAGGUGAUACUCAUCUCGAAGCUGCAGCACCGCAACCUGGUCCGGAUCCUGGGGUGCUGCAUCCAGGGGCACGAGAAGAUGCUGGUCUACGAGUACAUGCCCAACAAAAGCCUCGACGCCUUCCUCUUCGAUCCGGCGCGGCGGGGGCUCCUGGACUGGAAGACGAGGCUGAGCAUCAUCGAAGGGAUCGCGCGGGGGCUGCUGUACCUCCACAGGGACUCGAGGCUCCGCGUGGUGCACAGGGACCUCAAGGCCAGCAACAUCCUCCUGGACCACGACAUGAACCCCAAGAUCUCCGACUUCGGCAUGGCCAGGAUCUUCGGCGGCGACCAGAAGCAGGAGAACACCAACCGCGUCGUCGGGACACUAGGGUACAUGUCGCCGGAAUACGCGAUGGAGGGCCUGUUCUCGGUGAGGUCCGACGUGUACAGCUUCGGCAUACUGGUGCUGGAGAUCAUCACCGGCCAGAAGAACAGCAGCUUCCACCACAUGGAAGGCUCGCUCAACAUCGUAGGCUACGCGUGGCAGAUGUGGAACGCGGACAAGGGGUCGGAGCUGAUCGACCCGUCGAUCCGGUCGUCGUCGGCGUCGCGGGAGGCGCUGCGGUGCGUCCACAUGGCGCUGCUGUGCGUGCAGGACCACGCGUGCGACCGGCCGGACAUCCCCUACGUGGUGAUGGCGCUGGGCAGCGACAGCUCCGUGCUGCCGAUGCCCAAGCCGCCCACCUUCACGCUGCAGUGCACCUCGUCCGACAGGGAAGGCUUUCUCGGGGGCAAUGCCGAUUACUACGAGUCCUACUCCGCUUCCGAUCUCACGGUAACCAUGCUCCAAGGGAGGUGACAGCAGUACGUAGACAGGAAUUAAUCCAUGUGCUGAUUAGCUAGGGGCUGGGUGAUUUUAGGAUUUUGAGUUUUGUCUCCCUUUUGCUCUGUACAUUGCGCAAUUUUGUAACACCGUGUGUUGAUUAUUUUUAUUUUAUUUUUUGACAUGAGGAAAGGCUGUUUAGUCAUUAUUUGAUUAUUA